GUUAGCGCAGGGGAUCCGAGCAGGGCAGGACAUGUGAGAUAGUCACAGUUUUCCAGAGAUCACGACAAGAUCUAACCAGUCGCGCGUGGUCCCCGGCGCCGGAGCGGGCCAGCCCAGCCCAGCCCCGCGCAGAGCCCCCGCCGCCCCCGCGCCCAGAGCCCCGCGUCCCUCGCCGUGCGCCGGACGGGGAACCGGGAGGAGCUGCCACCGCGCUUGCCACCCGGGUCGCCCUUCCUCCGCGCGCGCCGCCGCCCGGGCCGGGGGUCCGAGCCGCGCGCCCCCGGCCCCGGCCCCCGGGCGCCUGGGCCGGAUGUCCCGAUGAGAGAGCCGGCGCUGGCGGCCAGCGCCAUGGCUUACCACCCGUUUCACGCGCCACGGCCGGCCGACUUCCCCAUGUCCGCCUUUCUGGCGGCGGCGCAGCCCUCCUUCUUCCCGGCGCUCGCACUGCCGCCCGGCGCGCUGGCCAAGCCUCUGCCCGACCCCGGCUUGGCGGGGGCGGCGGCGGCGGCGGCUGCGGCGGCGGCGGCGGCGGCCGAGGCGGGGCUGCACGUCUCGGCACUCGGCCCGCAUCCGCCCGCUGCGCAUCUGCGCUCGCUUAAGAGCCUGGAGCCCGAGGACGAGGUGGAGGACGACCCCAAGGUGACGCUGGAGGCCAAGGAGCUGUGGGACCAGUUCCACAAGCUGGGCACCGAGAUGGUCAUCACCAAGUCCGGGAGGAGGAUGUUUCCUCCCUUCAAGGUGCGAGUCAGCGGCCUGGACAAGAAGGCCAAAUAUAUCCUGCUGAUGGACAUCGUGGCCGCUGACGACUGCCGGUAUAAAUUCCAUAACUCGCGCUGGAUGGUGGCGGGCAAGGCCGACCCAGAGAUGCCCAAACGGAUGUACAUCCACCCGGACAGCCCAGCCACGGGAGAGCAGUGGAUGGCCAAGCCGGUGGCCUUCCAUAAGCUGAAGCUGACCAACAACAUCUCCGACAAGCACGGCUUCACCAUCCUGAACUCCAUGCACAAGUACCAACCACGCUUCCACAUCGUGCGAGCCAACGACAUCCUGAAGCUGCCCUACAGCACCUUUCGUACCUACGUGUUCCCCGAGACCGACUUCAUCGCGGUCACUGCCUACCAGAACGACAAGAUCACGCAGCUUAAGAUCGACAACAACCCGUUUGCCAAAGGCUUCCGGGACACCGGGAAUGGCCGGCGGGAGAAAAGGAAGCAGCUAACGCUGCCGUCGUUGCGCUUGUACGAGGAGCACUGCAAGCCAGAGCGCGACGGUGCCGAAUCGGACGCCUCGUCCUGCGACCCUCCCCCCGCGCGGGAACCGCCACCCUCCCCGGGGACAGCGCCUAGUCCCCUGCGCCUGCACCGGACUAGAGCCGAGGAGAAGUCGUGCGCCGCGGACAGUGACCCAGAGCCCGAGAGGCUGAGCGAGGAGCGCGCGGGGCAGGCGCUAGGCCGCAGCCCGGCCCUGGACGGCGGCAGCCCCCCUCGCUUGACCGAACCCGAGCGCGCCCGGGAGCGGCGCAGCCCCGAGAGGGCCAAGGAGCCGGCCGAGAGCGGCGGGGACGGCCUGUUUGGCCUGCGGAGCCUAGAGAAGGAGCGCGCCGAAGCCCGGCGGAAGGACGAGGGGCGCAAGGAGGCCGGCGAGGGCAAGGAUCCCGGCCUGGCGCCACUGGUGGUGCAGACAGACAGUGCGUCCCCCCUGGGCGCCGGACACCUGCCGGGCCUGGCUUUCUCCGGCCACCUGCACGGGCAGCAGUUCUUCGGGCCUCUGGGGGCCGGCCAGCCGCUCUUUCUGCACCCGGGACAGUUCGCCAUGGGCCCCGGCGCCUUCUCCGCCAUGGGCAUGGGCCACCUACUGGCCUCGGUGGCAGGCGGCGGCAGUGGAGGAGGUGGCGGACCAGGGACAGCCACCGGGCUGGACGCAGGCGGGCUGGGUCCCGCAGCCAGCGCGGCAAGCACCGCCGGGCCCUUCCCGUUCCACCUCUCCCAGCACAUGCUGGCAUCUCAGGGAAUCCCAAUGCCCACUUUCGGAGGCCUCUUCCCCUACCCCUACACUUACAUGGCUGCUGCUGCCGCGGCGGCCUCCGCUUUGCCAGCCACCAGUGCUGCGGCGGCUGCCGCUGCUGCCGCAGGCUCCCUAUCCCGGAGUCCCUUUCUGGGCAGUGCCCGGCCGCGCCUGCGCUUCAGCCCCUACCAGAUCCCCGUCACCAUCCCACCUAGCACUAGCCUCCGCACUACUGGGCUGGCGGCCGAGGGCUCCAAGGCUGCAGGCGGCAACAGCCGGGAGCCCAGCCCGCCGCCCGAGCUGGCUCUCCGCAAAGCGGCGGCCCCGCCCCGCGGGGCCCUGUCGCCCAGCGGCUCAGCCAAAGAGGCAGCCAGUGAACUGCAGAGCAUCCAGAGGCUGGUGAGUGGGCUGGAGAGCCAGCGAGCCCUCUCCCCCGGCAGGGAGUCGCCCAAGUGAGGGGGCUGCUCAGCUGCUCCGCUGCCGCGCAGGCCUCCUGAGCUGCCUGCCCCUGCUGCUUGGGACAUGUACAGCACAGAAUGGGUAUUUAUUUAAAUAAAGGAGAAAAAGCGGGCUGCAGAGGCUGGAAUGAAGCCCCGAUCAGCCAGCCAGGGCCUGGGACACUUCCCUGGGCUUCAGAAGGAAUCCAGCUGCCAGGAACGCAGUCGCUUUGGAGCCACUGGAUUUGGUCCAAGCCUGCUCCCGUGUCAAGGUGUCAUCGGCGGGGCCCUCUCCGGGUCCUCCAGCGCUGUGGGGAGUCCUCGUCCCUGGCCCAGCCAGAGGCUGGCUCUUCGGGAGCCAGAAGGUGCAGGCGUCAGGCGGGGGAGCCCCAGAACCCCUAGCCUCGGGCUGGGACCGCUUGAGAAUCUGGGGUGAGGGGUGCUGGGGUCAGUGAAGAUUCAAGUCAGUGUAGACUUGAGCUGAGAGGAACCUGUUCUUUUAGUCCUUCCACCUCUUCACCCAGACAGGCGCCCCUCCCACCCCUGGGUCAGCAGAGGGAGUGGCACUUCUGCCUUGAGUCCCCAGGGGGAAAAAAAAAAAAGAUAUUUAUGAAAUAAAUGGUAAUUUGUGUAAAUAAGCUUUAAGGUUCCCAGAAUAUGCAAAUUGGUAUUAAUUUAUUCAAAGGUGUACAUUGCUGUGUACAUAAUAUUUAGAGAUUAACUCAUAGCAUUUAAUUUUUUUUUCAUUUUACAUGAGCAUCUAUAUUGUACAGGGCUUGGGGGGGGUCCUUGGCUGCGGGAGAGGGCCCCGAUCCCUGGAGGAGCUCCCACCCCGCCAGCCCCUCGGCCCCUGCGCCCGGGCUUUGCUCUUCCGGCCCGCGGGCUCCACCUCAGGUUUUCACUUUUCGCUCUGGAGCGAGACGAAACGACAAAAACUCGAGAAAACAAUAAAACGCUACAAUGCAAAGUGAA